GGGGGGGACUGAGACGAAGACGACGAGGAGGAGGAGGAGGAGGAGGAGAGAGCGGGGCGAGAGGAGCGCGGAUGCGGGGAGAAUGUGAGCCACAUCGGCGUGCGUUUGCUGACAGGAGGCUGACAAGAGAGCGAGGUGAGCCCGGGGUGGGCUCCUGCUGCAAGCGGCGGGCGACGGCCAGCCAUGGAGGGCGACGUGCGUGUUCGCGCGGUGGUGAUGACACGUGACGACUCCAGCGGCGGUUGGGUGCCACUCGGGGGUGGCGGCCUCAGUCACGUGGUCAUAUGCAAGGGGCGGAGCAACAACGGCCGGGGGCGGAGAGAGCACGUCAUACGCGGGGAGCGGCUGCGAGACCGGGCGCCGGUACUGGAGUGCGCCGUCCAGAGGGGGCUGGUCUACAACAAGGUCAACCCCAUCUUUCAUCACUGGCGAGUGGACGAACGCAAGUUUGGCCUCACCUUCCAGAGUCCCGCUGAUGCCAUCUCCUUUGAGAAGGGUCUGCAGGCCAUCCUGGACAAGCUGGACCGAGGCUCCGACUCGCCUUCGUCGUCCACGCCGGAGGAGGCAGACACUGAAGAUGACGGCCAAGCUUCCCAUACAGGAAGUGAGUCGUCAUCCAACAGCAGGAAGGAGAUGCUCCCCAAACCCAUCACCAUAGUGACUAGCGAGUCAUCCGCCACCUGCUUCGUGCGGACUGAGGAGUUCAGUUUCGGAUCCGGCGGAACCACGCAGACGCCUGCUCAGAUCCACACCAGGCCGGGACAGCACCAGCUCUCGCAAAUGACCACCCCGGCAAAUGUUUUGAACACCCCAGCGCCACCACCCCCACCACCUGCUCCACCAUCCCCUCCAGCGGGCCCCCCGACCUCGUCGCCUCUGUCCCCCCUCUCGCCCACCAUCUCCUUGUUGGAAGAGGGGGACCUACGCAGCGUAGAUCCCUGCAAGGACCUGUGGGGGUCCAGAGGGUACGAGGACUAUCGGAGAGCCGGAGCCACCAGGACUAUGGUCGGUGGGCUGACCGGGGGCGUGGUGGUGGGCGGUGGGGUAAGUCACCAGGACAAGUCAGAGCUGUGCGUGGUCCGCUUUGAGAAGGAGCUGUCCAGUGUGGGGACGGCCGGCUGCGACGUCACCGUAAGUUUGGACAGCAAGGCCGCCCAGCGUCUGUCCUCAUCCUCGCCCACCUGCAUGUCCAUCCCCAAUGCUGUGUCCGGCGUGUCCUCAGGGGCCGGCUCCCCCCAGGAGACCGGCAAAGGCUCCCCGUCGCCCUGCUGCAUACACACUUCCCUGGCAACGCCUCGAUCGCGGACUCGUAAAAGGGGAGGAGGGUCCGGAGUGGACUCAGGGGCCAUCUCCCCCGAUGACGACAGCCCAUGUCCUCAGGCGUCAUCAUCGUGCUCGUCCCGCUGUGUGUACUGCCGCUCUGUGUUCAGCGCCUCGGAAAACGGGCGGGGCCGCUGCAGGGAUGCCCCGGACCCGGCCCUGCACUGCCUGCGCCAGUGGACCUGUGUGUGGUGUGCAGAGAGCCUGCUCUACCACUGCAUGUCGGACUCUGAGGGGGAGUUCUGGGAGCCGUGCUCGUGUGAUGACUCCAUGGGGGGCAACCCGCACCCCCUCUGCUGUGCCCGCUGGUUGGCCCUCGUGGCCCUGUCGCUCUUCGUGCCCUGCAUGUGCUGCUACCUGCCUCUGCGCGCCUGCCUGCGCUGCGGUGAGAGGUGUGGCUGCUGCGGGGGGAAGCACAAGGCGGUCCGAUGAGACCAGGCUCGGGCCGGGAGGGCUCUCUCAGAGAGGGGCGGAGCCUGGAAGACCCUCCGAAGCCCUCACAGCCUUCCAACUGCAUUCCGCUCUUUCUCUUUUCAACCCGGGGCCUUCUGGACUUGUCCACGCCCGUUGAAGAGGCUCCAGGACCAGGUUCUGUGGCACCGCAUGGAGCCUUCAUUGUGGAUUCCCCGCUAAUGUAGAGUUAGCGAGCAGAGACUUCAUGCAAAGAACGAGGGUGGGUAACCAUGAUGUGUUUGAAAUGUCCGUUUAGAAAGAAAAAGACAAAAAAAGAGAUUGUUGAGGUGAUUUUAAUUGGUCUAUUUUACUACAUGUCAGACACACGCUACCACACACUCACUGGAGGGGAAAACGUUAACUGUUUAGUGUUAGCCUGCGUCAUCCGUGGUCAGAUGAGCAGACAUCACCCUUUACCUCCAAACUUUACCUCACGCGCCGCCCCGCCACACGUCCGCUAGCUAAAGGAGGGACGAGAGAGAGCGGCCUCGGAGACUACGUCUCCACCAAACGCAAAGGGACAAUUAUCAGUAAGGGAAGUUGCAAUGACAACCACUAGACUUGACGUGAUGGUGCUUUGUAACUGUAGGGAAGUUCAAGGAAUGGAGAAUUAACAACUUCACAUCCUUUCAUCACCCCCCCCCCCACACCCCCAUCACAACCCCCAAAGAAAAACAAAUCUGACUAACUAAUCUAUGGAGGAAAGUGCAAUGAACAAUGUAUUUAAAGAGUAUUUUUGUAUGUCAACGUUAGGCUCAUCUAAGGUGAUGACUAAGUGAAUGCUGUUGUCUUACUGGGAGCAGGAGCAAAGCGCAACAUUAGGUACGCCUGCCCAAUCUAAUGUCAUCUGAAACGAAAGAUAUUCAUCUUUAAAAGUGAGCAUCAUCAUCUUCCAUACAGCUGUGGCUACACAUUCUGCAGGCGUACCCGACAAAGCGGCUGGCAAAUAGAGGCGGUGGCGGCGGCAGCGUGCUCGUGGGGAAACGUGAACUAGAAAGCGAAAGAGACUUAAAGCUGCUGCUUUAAAUUUCAAAUCCUCCCUCCUGAGGAUUUUUUUUUUUAAACCGCCACCCUUCACAUUUUGCUGAGUCGUAACAUUCCUGGCUAUUCUUGCGUGAUGAUUUUCUGUUUUUAAUGGCAAACACGGUUUUUGUUGUUGGAAUCGGAAUCCUUCAACCGCCCCGUCUUAAGUAUAGCUUAAUAACAACAAAAUUCAAGACUUUUCGCCGGCUCCUCCCCAAAAUACAACAGAGCCAUGACCUGUCAAAAGUUUGGAGACAUUUUUCGAUGCUUUUCAAUGAGAAAGCGUCUCCAAUGGUUUGACUGGUAGUGUAUAUUUACUGUAGGGUUCAGAUCAGUUAAUAUCUGCGCUAGCUUCUUUAACAACACGACAUCAUAGCGUAAUAUGUAAUAAGAAGACCAAGCAGGACCAGUGUUGCCAAGCUAACAACUUUGUUGCAAUUCGGUAAUCCCUAGUUUAUCACGGGCAAUUGGUUCCAGAUCCACCUGCAAAUUUCCGUGAAUAUCAAUAAACAGAAUAUUUCCAAAGUUAGAGCAUAGAAAACCUGUUUAUGGCGUUCUAAAUACAGGUUUUAACAUUAUUAGAGCCCUGUAGUCAUGAAAUAACACCCCUACAGUCACUUUUCACUCAUUAUUAUUUUUUUUACAUCACAUUGUGCAGGCUACAGGACCACUGCAUGGACAAAUCUAACUAGUUAUCCUCUCCAAUUGACUUAUUAUAAAGUCUUUCAAAUGGGGUUGGGGAAGAAGGACCACUUCCACACAGAAUGAGAGGAGAAACCUUGUUUUCAGCUCGAUAACAGCCACGGCGUGCCCGUCUCAGGCAUGUCGGCUAGGGCUCGGCUGACUCAGUAGCCAGUCUCCAUGCAGUGUGAACAGUACUGUCACCAAACCUCAUGUCUAAGAUGACUGAUGCUUAGUGACAAUACUACUACAUAUAAUUUGUCUUUCAAUAUUUUUGACUCAUAAUAGGCCAUAGUCCCCCACAAAACAGCCAUAAUAAUAAUGAUAUUAUUAUUAUUAUAACGAGGGAGAUGUUCCAACCGUGAUAUAACAAGGGAUGACUGUAUUUAGCGAGUAAUCCGACCUCUAUGGAUUUUUUGUAGUCGUGAGUGCUCCUGCGGCCCCCGUCCCAUCUAAAAGCACUCACAGUCAGCUCCGUCUUGUUUGUAACAUUGACAAAAAAUUAAGAAAUGUGCAUAACCUUUUAUGCAAAUUUGCAUAUGUAUCCCCACGACUGCCACAAAUAGAUUGCAGCCCUGUAGGGAAACACAGGAUUAUAUGAUAAAAAUGUAAUCCCCCGUCCCGUACUUUAAAAAUGGCAUUUUUUUGUACAACCAAUUACAUUCUGACAUGUAAGUUGCAAGAUAACGUCUAGCUCCACCCUCCGCAAGAGAGUUCUCUCGCCAAAUUGUGAGCCGCCGUGGCAUUGGAUGGAAUCCUAACAUGAACGAACCAGACAAGGUUAAAGAUGGACACGUGAAGGAAGUUAUGAUUCAAGUCCGUUUUCCUCUCAGUAUCGUGUCCAAUUAGGCCACGCCCCCCCCCCCCAACUCUACCAUCACGAGGUUGUUCCAGGAAUCGAAAACUGCCAUUCCCCAUCCUCGCGCUCCUAACACACACACACACACGUGCGCACACACACACACACACACACGCUGACUUGAAGAUGCAGAUGGACCAAAGCAGUAAAGCCAUCGUGCACACGUUUGUUACUUCCUUCCUUCCUUCCUUCCUUGCGCUCCGCUGAUGGUGUUCCAGGCCCCCCCACCCCUCCCCCAUUCUUCUUACAUCUUAAUAAAUGUGCCUUUUUAUUUGAGUAAUCAAUCCCUUUUUGAUUUUCAAGUAACUCUGUAUUCACUACUUUUUCAUUUCUGCCAAUGUGCAUAUUUUCAAAUGUACGUAUUUAUUAUUAUGAUUAUGAGUUUCAAAGUAAUUAAUGAGAUAUGACCUGUUUAUUUAUUUAUAAAGAUAUUUAUUCUGAUGAUCUUUAUUUUGGUGUUAUUUUGGUUAGUUUUUUUUCCCUUGAGGCAGGUUUUUAAAUCUUCCGUGCUGUCUUACUUCUGACUUUGUGCCAAUGUGCUGCUUUGAGGUGUUACAUAUCGUGGGUUUGUAUCAUUAUUAAACCCUCUCUCUAUAUUUUA